AUGAUCGCCCGCACCUUGCCCCGUGCCCUCACGAGCACCCGUCUCGUCCGUACCUACGCUGUGGCCAAGGAUUCCACAGCUCAGCCACCCCAGGACCCCGAAAAAGCCCGUCAGGAAGCAGCCCAAUUGGCAGUACAGUCCCUCAAAGAUAUGGGGUCCCUCUUCUCGAUGUCUUCGUCAGACGAGACCCAGCCCAUCGACACUGCCCCCAUUUUCAAGGAUCCCAAGCUCUUUGGCCCCUUGAGCCUCCUCCACCAGGGCCAGGUGCUCAAAGAGCUCCAGGACAAGUACGACAAGAAGUGGACCAAGUUGACCCUCGAGGACAAGUACUUGGGCUACUACAUUGCAUACGGAGACUGGGGCGUGCGGGAAGACUUCAAGAACUGGAAUACCCUCGAAGCACCCUACGACUUGCCAUUUAAAGUGCCUUCCCACAUCAAAACCACUACCCCUACCAAGGACACCAAGAUCCUCAAGCUCAAGGACCCCGUCGUGUUGGCCGAGACUCCCGUCAGACUCAAGCAGUUCGACGUCAAGAAGAUGGAUGGUGUCACCAAGUUUUUCAUUUUCCUCACCGUGUUGAUCACCUUGUUCGCAGUUGCCAGAGACAAGCGGAUUGGAGAAGAGGGAAGACCUGUGGAAGUGGUGAUUGUCGACAAGCACGAGUUGGAGAGAACCAGAAAAAGGGAGCUUGCGGAGCAGCAGGAGAGAGAGGCAGAACAGAAACAGGCCCAGAGCAAGAAAUGGUACUAUUUGUGGCUCAAAUAG